GUCAGAACCGACAGCACCGACUCACGCGCUUCAGGUCAAUGAGAAUAACGGCGGACUCUCCACGGUAACAUCUCCAGGGUUUGUGCCAUUAUUUGCACGAAAUACGAGGAGAGCAUCUGAAAAUCUGUCCGACCUCUAACAAGGAAGGAGGCAGUGGUUCCUCUACAGAUCUUCCUCUCUCUCUCUCUCUGUCUCUCUCUGUCUCUCUUUCUCACACACACACACACACACACAUAUACAAAUACUUGAAGAGCAAGAAUAAUCACUCUAUAGCAUGGAGCCCGCUGAGAUGAACACUAUCCCCAACGGCAAAGGGCAUGAAGCUGGUGAGGAGAUGAUUGCGACUGCAGUGAAAAGCCAAUCAGAAGAUGCCGCCCAGGAACUUGUACCAAAUAGCACUGAAAAUGCCAGUACUGAGAGAACUGCAGGUAGUGUUGAAGCAAACCUGGCAGAAAGCUCAGAGUUUCUUUCCAAUGCAGAUGACAAGAAAACCCCUCGCUUCACCGAUUUUGAAGGGAAGACUUCUUUUGGGAUGUCAGUCUUCAACUUGGGAAAUGCCAUCAUGGGAAGUGGGAUUCUAGGAUUAGCAUAUGCCAUGGCUAACACUGGCAUCGUCCUCUUUGUAAUUCUCCUCACUGCAGUCGCUGGUCUGUCUUCAUACUCCAUUCACCUGCUGCUCAAAUCCUCAGGUGUCGUGGGUAUUAGAGCUUAUGAACAGUUGGGCUUCCGAGCCUUUGGGACUCCAGGCAAGAUGGCGGCCGGCAUCGCCAUCACCCUGCAGAACAUCGGAGCCAUGUCCAGUUACUUGUACAUCGUAAAGUACGAGUUUCCACUGGUGAUCCAGGCUUUCCUCAAGGUGGACAAUCCAGGGGGGGAAUGGUAUUUAAAUGGCAAUUACCUGGUGGUCAUUGUGUCGUGCAGCGUCAUCUUGCCAUUGGCUUUAAUGAAGCAGCUCGGGUACCUGGGCUACACCAGUGGUUUCUCUCUCAGUUGUAUGGUCUUCUUCCUAAUUGCGGUGAUCUAUAAGAAGUUCCAUGUGCCUUGUCCAUUCGUUGAGUUUGCCUAUAACAGGACGGUGGUGGGUUUUAACACAAGUGUGGCGGCUGACCCCGGAGGAGUGGAGAUGACCCCUGAGAGUGACACUGUCUGCACCCCCCGCCUGUUUAACCUCAACUCACAGACGGCCUACACGGUUCCCAUCCUGGCGUUCGCAUUUGUGUGCCACCCUGAGGUGCUGCCAAUUUACACGGAGCUGCGCAACCCCACCAAGACAAAGAUGCAGCACGUAUCCAACAUCUCCAUUUGCGUCAUGUACGUCAUGUAUUUCCUGGCUGCUCUGUUCGGAUAUCUGACCUUCAACGAAAAUGUGGAAGCUGAGCUGUUGCACACUUACAGUCGGAUCGACCCGUAUGACACACUCAUCCUGUGUGUUCGUCUGGCUGUGCUGACCGCUGUCACACUCACUGUGCCCAUCGUCCUGUUUCCUGUAAGAAGAGCAAUUCAGCAGCUGUUCUUUGCAAAUAAAACCUUCUGGUGGCCCCGUCACAUCGCAAUAGCCGUCAGUCUGCUCUCCCUCAUCAACCUACUGGUCAUAUUCGCCCCAAACAUCCUGGGCAUCUUUGGGAUCAUUGGGGCUACGUCAGCGCCGUGCCUCAUCUUUAUAUUUCCGGCUGUGUUUUACAUUCGCAUUGUGCCCGAGGAAGAGGAACCAAUCCGCUCUGUGCCGAAAAUCCUCGCUGCUUGCUUCGCCUUGUUAGGAGUCUUAUUUAUGAUAAUGAGUCUGAGCUUCAUCAUCAUUGAUUGGACGUCCGGCAACAGCAAAGGAAACAGUGGUCAUUAGGCCCUCUAAUGGUUUAUGCUUUUUUAAUUUUAAUAUUUUGAUUAUUUGGGAUCAGUAGUUCAUGGAUUUCCAGUAUGGCCCCUAUUAACAGAUUCUUUGAUUUAGUUGAACCUGUCAUAGUCAGUCAAUGUUUUAUUUGAUCUCGUGACUUGCAUGUGCUGUGUAGCUCUGUUGUCAUGUGGGUGGCGUCCCAUCUCAGGCUGGCAUUAAUUCUAUUCAAUUGCCACCCGUUUUCAAAAAGGAAAUAUUCAGUGUAAAAUAUUUUGAUGAUUCAGUUUUAGUGUUUGCAGAUGCAGCACAUGAACACCCACAAUUCCUGUGCCAUAGGAGCAGCACAUGCAGUUUACAUGCAACAGAGUUUGCAAACAAAAGGGAUUCUGCAUUCUUACCAAACAGAUUCACAAGGCCUAGUUCCUGUCUGAGUUUAGUUUCCAGCGUCCCCCCUUUUCAUAUUAGGACCUUUUACCUUUGCCCUUUGGCCACAUUCAUCAAAAGAUCUUAUAGUAACUGCUCAUUUAUAACAGGAGCACAGGUGGUUAUUAAGUGUGAUGUCAUCAUAUCUUAUCUUACAUACAGCAAUACUCUGUGCAAUAGCUGUGAGAUAUCCAACACUGAAGGCUGCUGAGAGGUCAAGAGUUCAUUGCCAUGGCGACACAUGACCUGUCUGCAGUCUGUUACACAAUUUCAAAUGUAUGCAAAUUGUAUGUAUAGUACAACAGAUACAUUGUACAUGUCACAUUUUUAUAUGGAUUUAUAAUUUGUAUCCUUUCUACAAUAUUUAGUGAUAUAAAUGAGCAUAAAUAUAUAAUGAUAUAUAGAGAAGAUAUUCUCGAUCACAUCUCUGUACAGUAAAGUGCCAUCUUCAACAGAUUCAGAUAGAAAACAUGAAUUAUCCAAAUGGCUUCAUUAAUGACAAAUAUUUUGAAUAUUUUUUAUGAAUACUGCUUGUUGUAUUGGGAACGCACCGAUUGAAAAGCACAGUUAAUCGUAACGUUCGUUUAUUAUGAUCUCUUAUGAGUCCUGCUGAUUGACGGAUCUUGAAACCAAAAACAACAAUAUUCACAGGGUCCUCUCCUAAACUGGAGAAACAAAUGUGAUGCAUUGAUGCAUGUAAACUCAGCAGACAGCAGACAGGGUUGAUGUUGCCUAAAGUAAAGCUGGUCUGUGUUAAACUACACUGUAAUUUCAAAGGGAUUGAUCAUUCAGAAAUGAACAUUUUGUCUCUGGAACUGAAAAGGAGAUGUUACACAGAAUGUUAGCUUCAGUCACCAUUCACUAUCAUUGGAUGAAAGAGAAAGAUGCAGGAUGAGUCUCUAACAUUCUGCCUAAUAUCUGUGUUUGAGUAAAUGAGGACAGAAUUGUCAUUUUUGGGUGAUCUAUCCCUUUAACUUUAACUUUUAGAUGUGGUUGAGAAAGAGAUUGUUAGUCGAGUGGACAGAUGGUUUUGAAGGGUUUCCACACAGGGUCAUCUGGUGAUUAUUGAUACUUUAAACUGUAGCACUUUCAGUUGAAGCACAUCUCCCUCUCAGUCCCUUACAACUGAUGACAUAAUUAUAGAUUAAUAUAUUUUUAGACAGUUAUGAUCAGUUUAUGCACAACUAACUGUAAAUUGUAUAAAGAAAAAAGCGUAAUGUGUGGAUGUCUAACAUGGUACAUGAAUAUUUUAAUCUUUUAAUCUCUUGAAAAUCAUCAUCCUAUAAUCAAGCACUUACUGGCCCUAUGUGUGUGCGUGUGCGUGUGUCUGUGUGUGCGUGUGUCUGUGUGUGCGUGUGUGUGCAUGUGUGUGUGUGUGCGCGCGUGUGUGUCUGUGUGUGCAUGUGUGUUUGCGUGCGUGCGUGAGUGUGUGUGUGCGUGCAUGUGCGUGCAUGUGUGUGUGUGUGUGUGUGUGUGUGUGUGUGUGUGUGUGUGUGUCUGUGUGUGUGCGCAUGUGUGCGCGUGUGUCUGUGUGUGUGUGUGUCUGUGUGUGCAUGUGUGUUUGCGUGCGUGCGUGAGUGUGUGUGUGCGUGCAUAUGUGUGCGUGUGUGUGUGUGUGUGUCUGUGUGUGUGCGCAUGUGUGCGCGUGUGUCUGUGUGUGUGUGUGUGUCUGUGUGUGCAUGUGUGUUUGCGUGCGUGCGUGAGUGUGUGUGUGCGUGCAUGUGCGUGCAUGUGCGUGUGUGUGUGUGUCUGUGUGUGUGUGUGUGUCUGUGUGUGCAUGUGUGUUUGCGUGCGUGCGUGAGUGUGUGUGUGCGUGCAUGUGUGUGUGUGUGUGUGUGUGUGUGUGUGUGUGUGUGUGUGCGUGUGUGUGUCUGUGUGUGUGCGCAUGUGCGUGUGUGUGUCUGUGUGUGUGCGCAUGUGUGCGCGUGUGUCUGUGUGUGUGUGUGUGUGUGUGUGUGUGUGUGUGUGUGCAUGUGUGUGUUUGUGUGUGUGUUCUCCACUUCUCGUUUAUGGAUAAAGAAGUUUCAGUCAGUGAAUGUACUGUAAUGGAUUAUAAGAUGUCUAAAUGAGAUGUGCAUUUAAAUUGUGGUACUUUUUAUAUAAAUUUUGUCUGUUUAAUCAAGGGUAGAGUUGCCACACUUCUAGAGAACUGAUCAUAUCUUGGCAUCUUUUUACAGUAUUUUAAAUGUAGCGAUGCUGCAUCAAGGGCCUGUCAGUGUCACACAGCAAAAGUGCUGUAAUAUAUCUGAACUUCCUUCAAAAUAUUUAUCUUUUUUGGACCUUUAAAAACAAUGAGUUUUCUCUCCUGUUUCUCAAAGCCAGAUCAUUUCCUUUAUUGUGGUAUUUUGGGGAUACAUGGAGAAAUGUAUGAUUUAUUGAUAGCAUGGGGUUAGGGUUUGAUUAUUAACACAACCUGAUGAGAUCAUUGUGUAUUAAUUGUAUGUUGUGGUGAUGGUGAGAUGUUUUCUGUAGUGUUGUAUUGCCUCACAGAUCAAUGUGGUUUCUCAAGCACAAAUGUGUCCCCUCAUUUCAGCUCUGUGUGUGUGUGUGUGUGCCAGUUAUUAAAGAACUGCCAGUACUUCCUUCCCUCAUUAAAUAUACAGCAGCAGUGAUUCCUGAUUGCUCUAAAGGCUUGUUUAAAUGUAGAGGGGUGAAUCCACGUCACAUUACACCCCACCAUCAGAAGAAUUUUUUUUUAUUACAUUCUGCGUGAAGAAAAUGAAGCCUGUUUUUAGAAUCAUUAAGAUUUAGUGUAUUAUACAUAAUUUCCAGGACAAUUCAGCAUAUUUAUCUAACUUCUCAUUAUCAUAAUGGGGAUUUUUGUAAUUCUUAAUGAUGAUUCUCUUGAGAUACUCAUUGUUUCUGUAAUAGUUAAUUAUUACAGUACAGACUAUUGUCCAUUCACCAUAGUCCUAUAAUUAGGUUCAUUUUCUUUUUGCAAAAUACAAUUUCUUAUUUCUUCAGAUCUUGGGGUGAAAUAGACCCACACAUGUUCUUGACAGGUUUUGUGAGAUUAUUAUAGUGAUUCCAGUGAUUGGUGAUGUUGGUGAUUAUUUUGUUUUAGUAGAGAGGAAUAAUGAUUUUAUGAUGAAGGUAGUUUAUGUUAAACUAUAAGAUCUUAUUAAAUGUAUCAUGUAGCACAUGAGGAAUCUGAAUUAUAUGAAAUGUUUAUAAACACUGUUCCAUCUACAAAGUCAAAUCACAGUAACUGUAAGCAGACGGUUGUUUAGCUGUGGUGCAGCGUUAUCAGCCCCAUAAUGCUCUGCUUCUGUCCCCAUCACACAGCUUUAUUUGUGCUUUAAACACUAUUAUAUGAUCACCAGAUCUGCAACAUAUCACAAGAGAGCAAAAGAGGGAAGAAUUUUUAAUUGUCCAUUUACCAGCUGUGUCCAGUCAGCGUAAUGUUUUCCUUUUGAUGUAAUAAAAAUGUCAUCGUCGUUUGUAACAGUUUGUAUGAAUUCAUUACUUACAUGACAGCAUUUAUACAUAAUGUACAUAAAUGUAAUCCCUUUAUAUUAUAAACACAUCUAUAGUUUGGAUAUUGUAAAUGGUGAGAUGAUGUUGAGUCAGAUGAUUAAAACAUAAUAAUUUUUAAAAAGCCAGUUUAUGUCUUUCUUUAUCCUCAGUAUGGAGUACAUUGCUGGCAGUUAAUGUG